AUGGAAAGACCCCCAGCCUACCAGCCAGUGUGUCGUGACGAGGAAGAGCACGUUUUGGCCGGAUCAGAGGACAAAGAGGGCGUCUCCUGGAACUCCAACAGUACUGAAAUCAUACCGACCAACACACGCAGCUUCGUCGCAUAUCUGUCGCUUUUGCUGCUCUCUCUCUCAGCCAACAUUCUGCUGGUGAUGGAUAAUGCAAAACUUCGCAUUUCACAUAUACCCACAAAGAGUAACUUCAGUGGACUGGCUUUCGACACCGAUGUGCCAUAUCACGCUAUGACAGAGUACUGGCACCCCAACGCCACCGAAAGCGACAUGGAGGCAGCAUGGGAUGCUAUUGACACUAACGCAAUGGCGGUUGCGCUAGAUGAUAGAUUCGCAGCGCGUGCCGGUUUACCACCUUCAACUCGAUUUCCGUGGGACACCGAGCGCAGUGUUUAUUAUGUAAAGGGUAUCCAUGAUGUACAUUGUCUGAAACUCAUCCGCAAGGCUAUUGCCUCAAAGCACAAUGGCAGUGACCAGUCUUUCGAUCUUCUGCACAUUUACCAUUGCCUAGAUGGGCUUCGACAAGACAUAAUGUGUACUGCAGACGAUACGCCCAUGCCAGCUCCACUCGCUCACCAAGCUGGCGAAGGCCAAGUCCGACAAUGUCGUGACUGGGAUAAGCUGAUCGCAUGGGCUACGCGUCCUGACCAGCAUGCCUGCUAUGAGUUUGACGAUUAUCGCGAUGCCACAAACACCCUGGAGAAUUUUGCCUUUUGUCCUCCAGAGUCCCCUUACCGUGAUUUUCAGCAGGCUUACUUCGAUUAUCAUGGACACAAGGAUGCAUACGAGGAGAAUGGCGUUGAGAACGAAUUUGUAGAGUUCUAA